AUGUCUGAGACAAUAACGAAAGAACAGAUUGGUGAACUAUUGGAAUCCAUCAAAUCUCAAUUCAUUGAGCCAUAUCAAAAUAAAAUCGAUGCCAUUCAUAAUAUCUCAACUUCAACAAAACUAAAGGACUCCACCGCCUUAUUAGAACUUUCUAAAUUAUCUCAAUUAAUAAAAUCACAAAGUACAAAAUUAGGUAUCGUGACACAACCAGAGAACUUCAAUGCUAAAAAUUAUAGAGCCAUCUACACGGAAUUACAAGAGUUGAUCAAAUCAAUCUUCUACCUAUUAAGUCUCGUACCGUUAUUUCAUAAGGACCCAACUCAUUCAUUUACGAAAUUGUUCUUGAAAAAACUAGAUGCUCAACUGUUAGCUUUAAUUUCAUCUCUAUCAAUGUUGAUUGAUGAGAUAUCAAAAAAAUUGGAAGAAACAAAAUCAGAUGAAAAUAGACUGAUGGCUAUAGGGUUAUUAUGGUCAGUUUGUGAUUCCUUAAAUGACUUGACAAAGAAGGGGAACUUUGGACUGUUACGUGAUUAUAUAUCUGAUUCGGCUAGUAUGGUCGAUGAUACGUUAACCGAUAUUAAAGAAUGGCUCGAUGAUCCGCAACUAGAGGACAACUUUUUCGGAGAUGAGGAAGAAGAAGAAGAGGAUGCUAACCCUUCGGAUAAUGAAGAAGAUACUAAGGCAUUGGAACGUAUGGAAGUAUUUUUGAAGGAAUGGGAAACAAAUUUGAAAUUGAUUAAAUUAUUAUUGGUUUCCUUUAAGAAAUCAGUUUCAAAGACUACUUACGAAGCUACAGAAUCAAAUGCAGUACUUCUUGACGAGUUUCAAGAAUUGCAUUCACAAUUAGGAUUACAUAUUGAUGACUUCAUAUCUGGUGUCUUCAUGUCAGAUGCAAGUUUCCAACCAAAUGACUUUGAUGAAGAUAUUGAAACAUUGAACAAGGAUUUGACUCAGAUAGUUAAGAUUAUCAGAGAAAUAAAUAAGAAAGAUCCUGCGAACUCUAAGUGGAUCAAAGUCUGGGAAACUAAAUAUUUCAAACUUUGA